CUCGUGACGGCCGCGUCGAAAGCCUAUUUGGCAACGGCGGACGGCGAUCGACGAUUUCGACCAAGAAGAAAACGACAGACCAAAUCGCCAUUCUGCUCUUUCGCGCCCGCCAGCUCGUCGUGGUCGUGGACGCAGUCGUUGCGGUGUGCCCAGGGCUGUUCCAGCGCGGGAUGGAUCACAGGACAACACCAAGUGUCCAGAUGACCUAGACGCUCUUCUCCCGCUGCUGCCGCGUACAAUUCUUGCGAAAGCAUAAGGACGCGCGAACAGGUGCGACAGCGAGCCAUUGAACGUCGUCUACCGCAUACGGCGCGUUUCCUGCGCAAAUGGUCACCGUUAUAGAUUCUACCUGCGUGCUGAUACAACGCCUCUUACAGGCCGAUUGGCUACUUUUAUAGAAAUGCGCCAAGACGCGUCCUACAUUUGCUUGGGCUCUGAAUCUCGCUGCGAACAUGUGUCUUGUCCGCCGGGACAUGCACGUCCUUGGUCUCAUGGGUUUUUCGCUUCGCGCAAUAUAGCGAAGAAAUCAGAGAGCUACAGAGCCGGCCACCGCGUCGCGUGCAGGCGCCCGUCAUCUUCAACGUCGCGCCCGGAACUGCCCCGAGUAACCGAUCUGUGUCGCCCUGCCGUCACCGGACGAGGACGAUCGGACGUCCACUCGAAGGAAGAACAGGACCGUUGACGCGACUCCGGACAGAAUCGAGCUAUGAUACACGCGCGCCUCGCGCAAUGCCAUCGUCGUCGCUGCCCACCCCGCGCGCCGUCGUGACCUCGCUGCUGGACGCCAUCUCUGCCCAGCCCGCUCCGUCCGCGCCGUCGGCCUCGUCGAACCCGCUCAAGGACGCCUCUCCUGCCCUCAGGUCCCUCCUGCUGACCCUGCACGUGCUGUACCCCAACGAGUUCCUGCCCGCGCUCGACGUGCUGGACCGCAGGCUCGUCAUGCGCGUCCGCCUCGCCGCCGACGACGGCGAGGCCGCCACCGGCGUCUACUUCGUGCGCUCCGCGCAGCAGCCGCCCUCGCACGCCCGCUUCGUCAACCCCCUCGCGACGUGCUACGAAGUGCGUCUCCUGCCCUGGAACUGCUCGUGCCCGGCCUUCGCCUUCAGCGCCUUUCCCGCGUCCGUCUCGCCAGCGAUCCUUUCUUCUCAUGUGUUUUCAACUUCCACUGCUGCUGCUGCUCCUACUACUACCACCAACACCACCACCACCACCACCACUACUACUACUACUACCACUAUCACCACAAACACAUCGACUGCUGCUGCUGCUUCCGCCGCUCCCGCUCACAACGACGGAAGCUUCGGAGGCGCUUGCCGCGCCGAAGCGGACGUGCCAGUCUGUAAGCAUAUCCUCGCCUGCGUCCUGGCUGAUCGGUGUCCCCAAUUGUUUGGCGGCGGCGUGGAAGACAGGCUGAUGGACAGAGACGAGUUCGCCGGCUGGUGUGCCGGGUGGGGAAGCGGAUGAGCCAGCUGAUCAAAGCAGCCAGUCGGGACAUGCUCGCGUUGGUGGUGGCGAUGCUCUCUGCAUUUGCUUUGUCCUUGUCCUAUCUAGCUAGCCCCACUAGAGACAUCCUACAUGAAUUGGCGCCUUGCAGCCCAUAAGCUCCUUUGAAA